AUGGAGGAGGUCAGAGAUGGAGGAGGUCAUAGAUGGAGGAGGUCAGUGAUGGAGGAGGUCAGAGAUGGCGGAGGUCAGAGAUGGAGGAGGUCAGAGAUGGAGGAGGUCACUGAUGGAGGAGGUCAGAGAUGGAGGAGGUCAAAGAUGGAGGAGGUCACUGAUGGAGGAGGUCAGAGAUGGAGGAGGUCAGAGAUGGAGGAGGUCAGAGAUGGAGGAGGUCAGAGAUGGAGGAGGUCAGUGAAGGAGGAGGUCAGAGAUGGAGGAGGUCAGAGAAGGAGGAGGUCAGAGAUGGAGGAGGUCAGAGAUGGAGGAGGUCAGAGAUGA